AUGGUGUCGUCUAAGCUCAUUGUCUCUUUCGGUCUUGUUGCUCUGUCGGUUGGACAGUGCCCCUUUGCUGAUCCGGAUCAUCAUCUCGCAGCCCGAGAUGAACAAUCCUCCCGUGACCACUUGAAGGAAUACGAAGUCGACGAUAGCAAGGGGUACCUCAGCUCAGAUGUCGGCGGCCCUUUUGAGGAUCAGGAGAGCCUCAAAGCCGGAGAGCGUGGCCCAAGCCUGUUGGAAGACUUUAUCUUUCGCCAAAAGAUCACUCAUUUUGAUCACGAACGAGUCCCCGAGCGUGCUGUCCAUGCCCGGGGUGCUGGUGCCUAUGGAACCUUUACAAGCUACGGCGACUACAGCAACGUUACCGCGGCUUCGUUUCUCGGCUCUAGAGGCAAAAAGACUCCGACCUUUGUUCGCUUCUCGACCGUAGCCGGUUCGAGGGGUAGCGCGGAUACAGCGCGUGAUGUCCAUGGUUUUGCGACCCGGUUCUACACCGAUGAGGGCAACUUUGACAUCGUUGGGAACAAUAUUCCUGUCUUUUUCAUUCAGGAUGCAAUCCAAUUUCCUGAUCUCAUCCACGCUGUCAAGCCCUCCCCUGACAGCGAGAUCCCGCAAGCUGCUUCAGCCCACGAUUCAGCAUGGGACUUUUUCAGCCAGCAAACCACCACCCUUCACACUCUGUUCUGGGCAAUGGCCGGUAAUGGUAUCCCGAGAAGCUAUAGGCACAUGGAUGGCUUUGGCGUGCACACCUUUCGCUUGGUGACGGAUGACGGUGACACCAAGUUCGUCAAGUGGCACUGGAAGACCAAGCAGGGAAGAGCGAGUCUCGUGUGGGAUGAAGCCCAGCACAUCGCUGGCAAGAACGCCGACUACCACCGCGCCGACCUCUGGAGUGCCAUCGAGUCUGGUAACGGGCCCGAGUGGGAGCUCUGCGCGCAGAUCUUUGACGAGGACCAGGCCCUCGCGUUUGGCUUUGACGUGCUCGAUCCUACUAAGAUUAUCCCUGAGGAGUAUGCUCCCCUGCAGCGUCUCGGCGUCAUGAAACUGGACGCGAAUCCAGUCAACUAUUUCGCCGAGACGGAGCAGAUCAUGUUUCAACCCGGUCACAUCGUACGUGGAAUUGACUUCACUGAAGACCCUCUACUGCAAGGGCGAAUCUUUUCAUACCUCGAUACCCAACUGAAUCGACACGGAGGCCCCAACUUUGAGCAGCUGCCCAUCAACCGGCCUGUUUCUCCUAUUCACAACAACAAUAGAGAUGGGGCUGGACAGAACUUUAUCCACAGAAACACGGCCGCGUACACUCCCAACACCCUCAACAAGGGUUACCCUCUGCAAGCGAAUCAGACCCAAGGCAAAGGCUUUUUCACUGCCCCUGGCCGAAAAGCCUCCGGGAACCUGGUGCGCGAAAGGGCCUCCACCUUUGCAGAUCACUGGAGUCAACCCCGACUGUUUUACAACUCCUUGACAAAGGUUGAGCAGCAGUUCCUGAUCAACGCGAUUCGCUUCGAGAUGAGCCACCUAAAGUCUGGGGAGGUCAAGAAGAACGUUCUCCGCCAGCUAAACAAGAUCAGUCACGACAUUGCAGCCAGAGUGAGCAAAGCGUUGGGCCUCGAAGCCCCUGACGCCGACUCGAAAUACUAUCACAACAACAAAACGGCUGGAAUAUCCAUUUUCGGGACCAAAUUGCCCAGCAUCGCGACGCUGACAGUUGGAGUCCUGGCAUCGACAGACUCGGGCAACUCAAUCAAGCAAGCCAAGGUCCUCAAAGAUGCACUAGCAAAGGACAAGGUGACUGUGACGAUUGUGGGUGAAGUCCUCGGUGACGAUGUCGAAAUGACCUACACUGCUGCUGAAGCUGUUGGUUUUGAUGCCAUCGUUGUCGCCAGCGGUGCUGAGUCGCUCUUCAGCGACAAGAAGUCAACUCUCUUCCCUCCAGGUAGACCUACACAGAUCAUUGUCGACGGAUAUCACUGGGGAAAGCCGGUUGGUUUCAUUGGAAGCGCAAGAGAGGCGGCCAAGGCGGCGGGAGUGGGCAAGGGAGAUGGCGUGUAUCUGACAAGCGAUGUAAACACCAUCGUCGAGAACCUCAAGGAUGGUCUAGCGACCUUUAGGUUUACUAACCGCUUCCCCCUUGAUGAAUGA